AAGCACAAGCCAAUCAGUGCCUCCUCCCUCCCGGACAGGUGGGAGGAGGCGAAGCCGGGUGCCACCCAGUGCCUGGUCCCCUCUGCACUACAGGUCUGUAACUUAAGUGGAUGGUCACCCAGCCCGUCCGCUGUCCAUCCGACCCUGAGCGGAGGCUUCUUCCGAGGUUAAGGCCAUGGCGGAGAAAGGCUGCCUCAGCCUCACCAAAUAUUUCCUCUUUGUCUUCAACAUCUUCUUCUUUGUCCUGGGCAGCCUUGUAUUCUGCUUUGGCCUUUGGAUUCUCAUUGACAAGAACAGCUUUGCCUCUUAUCUGGGCCUAUCCUUUAUACCACUGAAAGCAUGGUCCUAUGUGCUGACCAUCGCUGGGGUCCUCACUGGCCUCCUGUCCCUCCUCGGCUGCCUUGGAGCCCUCAAGGAGAUCCGGUGCCUCCUUGGCCUUUACUUUAGCUUUCUGCUGCUCCUGUUUACUACCCAGAUCACAAUCGGAGUCCUCAUCUACACCCAGCAAGGCCUUCUGGAGAGGAAGGUGAAGGAUAUCGUGCUGGACGUAAUCGAGAAUUAUCACAAGUACCCGGAUGCUUACAGCACCGCUGAGAACUGGGAUUUUGUGCAGUUCCAGCUUCGCUGCUGCGGCUGGACCUCGCCCCAGGACUGGCUGCUGGCGUCCUCCCUGAGGCCCAAUGGCUCGGCCCCCAGCGGCAGCGGAAGAGCCAUCACCUCCUCCCCGACACAGAGCAGCGACUUCUUGCCCUCAUCCCAGACGUCUGGGCCGGUCCUGCGUGUGCCCUGCUCCUGCCAGAACACCUCGGUGAUAAUGUCCACACCCCAGAGUCCUGCGGACGCUCCUAGAGCCAGCCAGCCUGCAGCCGGGCCUGGGGCUCGGGCCACAGUGGUCUCUAACCCAGGCAUGCCAGUGGUCCUGCUGGGUCCAGGAAGUCCCGGGACCCCUGCCCGACUGCGCUCGGGAGAGCUCUGUUCGAUGCCCGCAGAUAAUGGAGCCUAUCAGGAGGGCUGCUCUCGGAGCAUCUACACUUGGCUGCACAACAACCUCAUCUCCAUUGUGGGAGUCAGCCUGGGCCUAGGGCUGCUCGAGCUCGGGGUCAUGUCGCUCUCGAUGUUCCUCUGCAGGAACCUGGAUCACGUCUACAACAAGCUCUCGCGAUACUCUUAGACAACCCCCCCCCCUCCCUCCCCACUCUACCUACCUGAGACCCCGAGUCCUCCCCCCAGGACCCACUCAUCUUUUCUGAAUCGGCCACAUCCUCUCCCCCAUAUCGCUCUCCUCCAGGGGACUCUGAGUCCUGCCCCGAAGCUUCCUCUUCUCCCAGUUCCCUUUCAUCCGCGGGGACCCUGGCACCUUGUUCCCUAACAUCCUUCUCCCUUCUUGGGCCAGUCAGGUCAUUUCCUGGAGCACCCUAGGGGGCUCUCUGGUCACCCAGCAAUAUUCUGUCCUAACCCCCCUCUCUUCCCAAGGAUCUGCCAGCAUCCGGUCUUUGAGUCUCUCACUUCCCAAUAUUCUAUUCCCAGCAGGGUCGGGUGGUGGUGACUAAUGGUGUCCUACUUUAAAGGUUCCACCUGUUGAUCCCAAUCUUUUGUGCUCACUCCCUGUCCCAUCCCAUCGGGAACCCUGAUGUCUGAGCUCCAGAACCCACUUCUCUACCAUCUCCCUUAGCAUCCUAGCCCCCUCUACUACCUCAGGGUCCUUUCUUCCAGCCUCCUUUCCUUUCCCCAGGGAUUUUAGUGUCCACCACAGCCCCCCCCUAUCUUUUUGGUCUGGAGUACUGUAUCUCCUCUUCCUGCGGACCUCAACAUUCUGUCUCCCAGUCUUUUUUUUUCAUCCUGGAGAACCUAGUAUCUUAUCCCCCAGUCUUUUCUCCUCCACUCUGGAAUCCUGGCAUCCUAUGUUCUAGCUCUCUCUCUCCCUGUCUCCCCCCUUUGUUAUGUCCUAUCUCCUAUUGCACCUUUUCUACUCUCAAGGACCCUAUUAUUCCGUCUCUCCACACCCCAGGGACACCAGCGGCCUGUCAUUCACUACCUUUUAACCUCCUGCUGCUCCCAAUAUCUUCUCACACAGUCUAACUUCUUUCCUUCUUAUCCAUUCUCCUUUUCAAUUCCCUUUCUGUCCAACAAACCUUGAGUUCUGGGUAAGAAAUAAAAAUCAUUUAAUUUGAUGGUAAAAUUG